AACACUCAAAAGAGAUUCUCACGAUCGAGCAAGAGAGAGAUGGAUGGUCGAUUACCUGACAAAGGCAUUCUCAAGAGCGAGGCUCUAAAACAGUACAUCAUGGAAACAACAGCGUAUCCAAGAGAACACGAAUUGCUUAAAGAACUUCGAGAAGCUACAAUCCAGAGAUAUGGAAAUUUAAGCGAGAUGGGAGUUCCGGUUGAUGAAAGUCUAUUUUUAUCGAUGCUUGUAAAGAUCAUCAACGCGAAAAACACUAUCGAGAUCGGUGUGUUCACCGGUUACUCACUUUUCACCGUAGCUCUUGCUUUGCCUGAAGAUGGCCGUAUUACUGCGAUAGACAUUGAUCAAGCAGGUUACAAUUUGGGACUAGAGUUUAUGAAGAAAGCAGGUGUUGAUCACAAGAUCAAUUUCAUUCAAUCUGAUGCUGUUAGAGGCUUAGACCAAUUAUUGAACGGGGAGAAACAAGAGUAUGAUUUUGCAUUUGUGGAUGCUGACAAGACGAACUACGUUUACUUCCUUGAGAAGCUCCUUAAGUUAGUGAAGGUUGGAGGAAUCAUUGCCUUCGACAACACUUUAUGGUUUGGUACUCUAAUUCAGAAGGAAAACGAAGUUCCAGGCCAUAUGAGAGCUUAUAGAGAGGCACUUUUAGAGUUCAAUAAGAUAUUGGCUCGGGAUCCUCGAGUCGAAAUCGCUCAAAUAUCCAUCGGAGAUGGUCUCACGCUAUGUAGACGUCUUAUAUGAUAAACCUAUAGUAAAUAAUGUUAUAUGCUUCAAUAAUAACUUUGGCCUUUGUUUGUAAUGUUAUAUGCUACUAUAAUGACUCUUCAUCUUCCUAAUAAAACUCCUCUUUCAAUUUCAA